ACACCGCUGAGUGACUCAACAACCCGUCGGAUCCGAUGGGAGCGGAUUGCUCUAACACAGCCAGCUUUAUUUGCCCACCGGUGCUUGUCGAGUGAGGAACCGAGAUCCCAAGCAAAUCCCAGAUCUCGAAAAGGUAUGGGUCUGAAACUCACCGUAGUGGUAUCUCUAAUCGCCUUGGCCGGGGCACAGUUUCUGCCGGAGAACACGUGUCCCGAGUACUUCCAAUACGUCAACGAUCCAUUCUCGGGGCUCCAGGGCGAGAUUACGCUGCCCACCUUGCCGCAGGGUCGCAUCAAUGUGCGUUUCUGGCAGCUGGGUAAUAAUGAUGCAUCAGCCGUGGGCAACCUGAACCCUUAUCCAGAUGAUCAGGCGAUAAAAGCGAGUAGGGGACCCUACAGGUUCCGGGUCUCCCUCAGGUGGAAUCCGCCCAAGCUGACCCUGCUCUCCAUCAACGGCCAGCUACUGUGCUCGGCCAGGGAAGACGCUCGUGGGCAGAAUGAGACCUAUUUCAAUCGCUUCUAUGUGAUUUUUCGCACUGAACCUCUGUCGCCGUUCCCUGCAAUCGUACCGAAUCCCAUUCCCAGAGGCAGCCCCAAUGUGGAUGUGCAAUCCAUAUUCUACUCUACCAACGAGGGUGAUUUUGUGCCUGGUUUCAGGCAGCCCUGGCGGUCUUCCGCCGCUAGAGGAGCUUCCUUGAAACCCCAGUUGGCCAGCCCAGCGCCCACGCCGGCGGAGGUUUUCUGGCAGACACCUUCGAGAUUUGUGCCACCCACGCCACCACUGGUGGCCACCAACUCUCCGCCGAUUGCCACUAGUCCCCCGGUAAUUGUCAGUAAUCCUCCGCCUGCAGCACCACCUCAGAACUUAAUCCCGCGAACCUCUUCAUCGCCUUUAACGUGCGGCAGGGAGGGCAGCUUGGUUCCGUUCAUCGUUCGGGGCAAGGAGUACCCUCGUGGCCAGUAUCCCUGGCUGUCGGCCGUCUUUCACAAGGUGACGCGUUCCCUGAGCUUCAAGUGCGGAGGCUCCCUGAUCUCCGCCAGCAUCGUCAUCAGUGCCGCCCACUGUGUGCACCGGAUGUCGGAGAACAACGUGGUCAUCGGGCUGGGUCGCUACGAUUUGGAGGACUACGCGGAGGAGGGCGCCGAGAUGCGGAAUGUGAGGAGACUGCUCUGGCAUCCGGAGUACAGCACCCGAUCCUAUUCCGAUGCGGACAUCGCACUGAUCACCAUUGAGCGGCCAGUCACGUUCAGCGACAUCAUAGCGCCCAUUUGCAUGUGGACAGUGGAGGCCAGCAGCACGGCGAGCUCCUCUGGCUUCAUUGCGGGCUGGGGCCGGGAUGAGUCGGACUCCCGGACGCAGUACCCCCGGGUGGUGGAGGCGGAGAUCGCCAGCCCCACGGUCUGUGCCAGCACCUGGCGGGGCUCGAUGAUGGUGACGGACCGCAGUCUGUGCGCGGGAAACCGCGAUGGAUCUGGUCCCUGUCUCGGAGACUCCGGAGGAGGUCUGAUGGUCAAGCAGGGCGACCGGUGGCUGCUGCGGGGCAUUGUUUCCAUCGGGGAACGCGGUCCCUCCAACAAGUGCCAGCUGAACCAGUAUGUACUCUACUGCGAUCUGUCCAAGCAUAUCGACUGGAUAAACGAUAAUAUCCGCUGAGCAACGUGAUUACCCUGUACAGACUAAGAUUAAAAAACCUUUAAGCCAA